AUGGACAAUCAAAAACCGGAAACACUACCACCACCACCGCCAAUACCUCCAAAAGGUGUGCCGAAAAAAUUCGGCAGAAGUAGUAAACGUCUUCCUAUGGCCAGGCGAGGAUUGGGUUCGAGAGGACAAAACAUAUCACUCUUGACAAACCACUUUAAAGUCUCCGUAUCAAAAACCGAUGGAGUCGGGCGAAAGAUCCUCGGCCAGGUCUACGAGACCUACAAAACCGAGCUUGCCGGCAAAAGAUUCGCAUACGAUGGUGAGAAAAGCUUGUUCAGUGUGGGUCCUCUGCCUCACAACAAGCUCGAAUUUACUGUGGUCAUGUCCGAAGUGUCAUCGAGCAGCUAA